AUGCCUGAAGCUAUCAUGCCCCAGAAGCGGGCUCUAGCCGACGCUACCAACAAGGAACGCAACAUCCUCGCAUCUUCCAACGCGAUGAAGAAGCGCAAGAUUGACAACGAGUCCGGUGGGCUCAAGCCAUCUACACAAAGACCCUUCCGAAAAGGAUUCGGCUCAACGCAGCCCCAAAAGAGCACUUUCGAGGAAGAGGUUCUGGAGAAGAUGACCCAGGAUAUCAACGAUCUUAAAGAAAGCAAUGCCGAGAAGGACCAGCAAUGGGAACGCCCUCCUGUUGGAGCGUUCGAUCCAGCAACAGACAACAUUUCUUUUCAGCAGAUUGAUGCGGAAGAAGGGCGGAUGGCUGGAGAUAAGAUGGCUGUCCGACUCUUUGGUGUUACCGAGGCAGGCCAAUCAGUUUUGCUCCACGUCACCGGGUUUCAACACUACCUCUACAUCGCUGCCCCGGUCGGCUUCACCAAGGAAGAUUGCCAGCCCUACAAAGCUUUCCUUGAGACCAAACUGGCACAGAACUCCCCAGCCAUCCAACGCGUGGAGGUCACCUUACGAGAGAAUAUCUAUGGGUUUCAGGGUAACCAGAAGAGCUGGUACCUCAAAAUUACCGUUACGGACCCGAGGUUCAUUGCCAGACUGCGUAGCGCUCUGGAAACUGGCAGUGGUACCAUGAACUAUAAGGGCUUGUGGAGCAGCUCUGAUAGUGGAAUCCUCACUUUUGACAAUAUUCAAUAUCUAUUGAGGUUCAUGAUCGAUACUGGUCUGCACGGCAUGUCAUGGGUCGAAGCGCCGGCCGGGAAAUACCAGCUUAUCGCAGAAGACGAGAAGCAGUCAACUUGCCAAUUGGAGGCUAUCAUUGAUUAUCGCGACAUGAUCGCCCAUGCACCUAAUGGUGAAUGGGCCAAGAUGGCCCCCCUUCGCGUCCUGUCUUUCGACAUUGAGUGUGCUGGUCGGCAAGGAAUCUUCCCUGAGCCUAACGUCGACCCGGUCAUUCAGAUCGCCAAUGUUGUCUCUCGAUACGGUGACAGCAAGCCCUUCGUUCGAAACGUUUUUUGCCUUGAUACUACCAGUCUCAUUGUGAACACCCAGAUCUUGGAAUUUGACAAGGAGGAGAGGAUGCUCAUGGCCUGGAAAGAGUUCGUGCAGAAGGUCGAUCCUGAUGUGAUCAUCGGGUACAACAUUGCGAAUUUCGAUUUUCCCUACCUUCUGGAUCGGGCGAAACAUCUAAAAUGCACCAACUUCCCUUACUGGACACGAUUGCAGAAGAUGAAAACGGAAGCUAAGGAGUCCAGUUUCUCUAGCAAGCAGAUGGGCAACCGAGAGACAAAAUCUACGAAUACCAACGGCCGAAUCCAGCUUGAUCUUCUCCAAUUGGUGCAACGCGAUCAUCAACUUCGAAGUUACACCCUCAAUUCCGUGUCGUACGAGUUCCUCGGCGAGCAAAAGGAAGACGUCCACCACACAAUGAUUACGGAAUUGUUCAAUGGUACUCCAGAUUCCCGUCGUCGUUUGGCGGUAUACUGCCUGAAAGAUGCUUAUCUGCCACAACGAUUAAUGGACAAACUGAUGUGUCUUGUCAACUACACCGAGAUGGCAAGAGUCACGGGUGUUCCAUUCAUGUACCUGCUCUCUCGCGGCCAACAAGUCAAGUUCAUCAGUCAACUAUUCCGAAAGGCUCGGGAGGAACAGCUUGUCAUUCCCAAUUCCAAAUCCCAGGACGAGCAGGACUAUGAGGGUGCGACCGUUAUCGAACCGAAGCGAGGAUACUACGGUGUACCAAUCGCGACCCUCGAUUUCGCAUCUCUGUACCCUUCUAUCAUUCAAGCGCACAACCUCUGCUAUACAACCCUUCUCAACAAAAACAGUGUGGAAAAACUCGGUCUCAAGAAAGACGAGGAUUAUAUCGUGACGCCAAACGGAGACAUGUUCUGCACCGCCAAAGUCCGAAAGGGUCUUCUGUCUCAAAUUCUCGAGGAACUUCUGGGAGCGCGAAAACGCGCGAAGAAGGAGCUGGCCACUGAGAAAGAUCCCUUCAAAAAGGCUGUGCUGAACGGUCGUCAGCUUGCUUUGAAGAUCAGCGCAAACAGUGUGUAUGGUCUAACAGGUGCUACUGUUGGGAAGCUGCCCUGUUUGCCCAUUGCCAGUAGUACAACUAGUUAUGGUCGUCAGAUGAUUGAAAAGACCAAGCAGGAAGUGGAGGCUCGCUAUACCAUCGCCAAUGGCUACUCUCACGACGCCCAAGUCAUCUACGGUGAUACUGAUUCAGUCAUGGUCAAGUUCGGGGUGACUGAAUUGGCAGACGCGAUGAAACUCGGCGAGGAAGCCGCCGACUUCGUAUCAUCCAAGUUCGUCAAACCCAUCAAGCUUGAGUUCGAAAAGGUGUACUUCCCUUAUUUGUUGAUCAACAAGAAGCGGUAUGCUGGUCUUUACUGGACCAACACCACAAAGCACGACAAGAUGGACACCAAGGGUAUUGAGACCGUGCGCCGUGAUAAUUGUCUGCUUGUCCAAAACGUCAUCGAGACGGUUUUAAACAAGAUUCUCAUUGAAAGAGACGUCGAUGGCGCGCAAGAUUAUGUCAAAUCGACCAUUUCCGACCUCCUCCAGAACAAGGUCGAUAUGUCAAAGCUGGUCAUCACCAAGGCCCUCUCACAGAAGGAGUACGCUGGCAAGCAGGCCCACGUCGAGCUGGCCAAGCGCAUGACCAAACGUGACGCUGGCUCUGCACCUGCUUUGGGUGACCGUGUGGCCUAUGUCAUGAUCAAGGGUGCAGCCAACUCCAAAGGUUACGAGCGGGCCGAAGAUCCCAUUUACGUCUUGGAAAACAACAUCCCCGUCGAUACCAAGUACUACUUGGACAACCAGCUUGCCAAUCCGCUUGGUCGUAUCUUCGAGCCCAUUCUGGGCGAGAAGAAGGCCAAUCAACUGCUGACGGGUGAACAUACUCGAUCCAUCUCCGUUGCUGCACCCAGCUUGGGUGGCUUGAUGAAAUUCACCAAGAAGACCCAGACCUGCAUGGGCUGCAAGAAGCCGCUCUCAGGCAAGGAGGAGCAGGAUGGUGCCGUAUGUCAGAACUGCCGGCCACGUCUCGGCGAGCUUUACACCAAGGCCUUAACCAAAACAUCCGACCUUGAAGUUCGAUUCGGUCGACUCUGGACACAAUGUCAGCGCUGCCAGGGCAGUCUUCACUGCGAGGUCAUCUGCUCAUCACGCGACUGUCCCAUCUUCUACAUGCGGAUGAAGGCUAAGAAGGAUGUUGAGGAUUCACAGAAAGAGCUAGGUCGGUUUGACAAUGAUGCUGGCGCAUGGUAA